AGGACCCGGGUGCUUGUACAGGAACGCCGUGCAGAUUCCUCCAGGACUCUCCGCUGACUCUCUUCCACAUUGCGCGAAAAAUUGCAAUGCAUGUUGGCCAGGGUGUGGGCUGUGCACGGGAAAAGGCAAUGUUUUGUUAAUGCUGGUCAGUCGGAUCGGCUCUGUGUGUGCUGCGGAUAGACUGCUCGGAAGGAGGAUAGACAGACAGACACGUGUUGGGACCGGGCUGCAGGCUGGACAAUUUGCAUACCGUGCAUAGUAAAUAAUCAGUCCCUGAAGCCUGCACACAACAUUGAUGGAAUGCGACCCGAGUGAUUUUAUUAAAAAACCCUUUGUGACACGACCGAGGUAUAAUUGCGAUUAACAUGGCUGAGGCGCUGAGCAAUGGCAACGAGUCUCUUCUAAACGUGGAGAUAGAUCCGGAUUUCGAGCCCCAGAAGAGGCCACGGUCCUGCACUUGGCCGCUGCCCCGACCGGAGUCUGGUGCAGGCAAGCCCGGGACAAAUGACACUGACGUAAUCCCCGAGGAAGAGGAUGAUGAGGGUGGCAGCACGGAGAGCGACGCCACGCAGAAAGGCAGCGGUGGUGUCAAAGCCCUGGGCAGGAGCUCCGCCUCGCAGCCUGUGGAGGUCCAGCGUGGACACAGCAAGGAGGAGGCCGCCGAUGGCUCGCCUUCCUCCUCGCAGACCCCCGCUGCGGCUGCGGGCGGCUCUGCCUCCCAGCAGCUGAGGAAGUCCUCCGCCCGCAGGAACGCCUGGGGCAACUACUCCUAUGCAGACCUCAUUACCCAAGCCAUCGAGAGCUCCCCCGAGAAAAGGCUGACCUUGUCCCAAAUCUAUGACUGGAUGGUGAGGUCUGUGCCAUAUUUCAAGGACAAAGGCGACAGCAACAGCUCUGCUGGCUGGAAGAAUUCCAUCCGACACAAUCUGUCCCUCCAUAGUCGUUUUGUGAAAGUCCAGAAUGAAGGAACUGGAAAAAGCUCCUGGUGGAUGGUUAACCCGGAGGGUGGAAAAGGAGGAAAAGCUCCACGACGACGAGCUGUAUCCAUGGAUAACAGCAAGUACAUCAAGGGAGCCAGAGGACGUGCCACCAAGAAGAAAGCCUCACUGCAGGCCGCCCAAGACGGUAGCUCAGAGAGCUCCUCAAGCCUCUCCAAAUGGACAGGGAGUCCAACUUCCCGCAGCAGUGAUGAGCUGGAUGCCUGGACAGACUUCCGCUCCCGGACCAAUUCCAACGCCAGCACACUGAGCGGUCGUCUGUCACCGAUUCUGGCCAACCUAGAGCUGGACGAGGUGCCUGACGAUGAUUCGCCCCUCUCACCGAUGCUGUACUCCAGCCCCAGCAGCAUGUCGCCGUCCACGGGGCCAACAGGGCUCUCUGACCUGGCAGGUACCAUGAACCUCAAUGACAGUCUCUCCGACAACCUGAUGGACGACCUUUUAGACAAUAUAAGCCUGACAGCAUCCCAGCAGCCUCCUCCUGGAGAGGAAGACAAUGGAGCCAAUGGUCAGGGGAGCUCGGUGUUUACCUUCAGCUGCUCAGGAAGCAGUCUGGGUAGCCCCUCUGGCAGCUACGGGCCUAACCCUCUUUUUAGCCCGCCGUCCAUCACAAGCCUUCGUCAGUCGCCCAUGCAGACCAUCCAGGAGAACAAGCAGACCACCUUCUCCUGUAUGUCGCACUUCAGCGACCACCAGACCCUGCAGGAUCUGCUCAGCCUGGACUCCCACAGCCCCAGCAACGUCUUGCUUACCCAGUCCGACCCGCUGAUGUCACAGGCCAGCACAGCCAUCACCCUGCAGAACUCCCGCCGUAAUGCCAUGCUGCUGCGCAAAGACCACCUGUUGGUGAACCACACCACCGCAGGUCAGGCCCAAAGCUCUUCAGUGCCUGGUUGGCAAGCUGGCUUGUCAACCUCAGACAACGGAGGCCUGGGGCUGAGCGAUGAGGCCGGCCACCCCAGCGUCAAACAGCCGCACCUGAAGUCUCCAAGCAAGAACGCCUCUAUGCAGCUCGGCUCUGGUUUGUCCGGCCAGGACCGCUUUCCCGCUGAUCUGGACCUCGAUGUGUUCAACGGCAGUCUCGAGUGUGACAUGGACUCCAUCAUUCGUAAUGAAUUGAUGGACGCAGAUUGCCUGGACCUCAGCUUCGACUCUCGCCUCACCGCUGCCCAGAACGCCAACAGGAAUUCAGGAAGCUUCUCCAGCUCGAAACAGACUUCCCCUCAGAGCUGGGUCCCGAGCUGAGAAGCUGUAAUAGUGCUCAGCAUGAUCGAAAAAAAAAAAAAAAAAGGUGGCGGGGGAUGUAAAUUGGGUUUCAUUGUCCUGCAUUGUGCAACUAGAGGGAAGAAAGUAUGUAAAAGUGUAUUCAUGUAGUAUUUUUUCCCAUUAUUUUUAAUGUGAGGGAUUAUGUUCGGUACUGUAUUUUAAGUGUCUGAGACACACAAGAGUGUCUUCACAGUGGAGGAAAAAAAAAUUCUUUAAAAAGAUCAAUGCCUGGACGGUGUGAGCAACAGUAUUGACUGGAAUGCAACUAUGGGACAUUUUGUUAAAGCUAUAUAAAAAAAACUAAAAAACAUCAACUCGUGUUAGUCUCAGGGAAUCACUCAUAUCACAAAGUGAUACAUGAAACUGAAGAUGAAUUAUGUUUUUCACCCUGCUUUCUCUCCUCUUUCACACCCUUUCAUACCUAAACCAACAUUUUUGCCAAACCAGCUGUCAGCCUGUCGGGGUUGACAGCCUGUUUACAGAACAAGCUGCAGAGAAUGUUACAUUA